AUGCUGGGAAUUGGGAAUUUAAUCAUUGGAUUUCCACAAUUUCAUCUUUACAACAUAUUUAUACAACAGUUUUGUCACAGUUUUGUCACAGUUUUACAACAGUUUUACAACAGUUUUACAACAGUUUUACAACAGUUUUACAACAGUUUUACAACAGUUUUACAACAGUUUUACAACAGUUUUACAACAGUUUUACAACAGUUUUACAACAGUUUUACAACAGUUUUACAACAGUUUUACAACAGUUUUACAACAGUUUUACAACAGUUUUACAACAGUUUAACAACAGUUUUACAACAGUUUUACAACAGUUUUACAACAGUUUUACAACAGUUUUACAACAGUUUUACAACAGUUUUACAACAGUUUUACAACAGUUUUACAACAGUUCUACAACAAUUUUACAUUUUUACAAUAGUUUUACAACAGUUUUACAACAGUUUUAAAACAGUUUUACAACAGUUUCACAACAGUUUUACAACAGUUUUACAACAGUUUUACAACAGUUUUACAACAGUUUUACAACAGUUUUACAACAGUUUUACAACAGUUUUACAACAGUUUUACAACAGUUUUACAACAGUUUUACAACAGUUUUACAACAGUUUUACAACAGUUUUACAACAGUUUUACAACAGUUUUACAACAGUUUUACAACAGCUUUACAACAGCUUUACAAUUUAUUUUUAG